GGGCAAACAGACUCCGAAACGGUCCGAUUGACAUCGACGACGGUUCAACAUUUCUUAACCUUUACUCAUAAUGCCUGUUUACGGCCCUCUCAGUUAUUCUCUUGCUUCAAAUAUUCUUGCCUCCAAGGCCCUUACUAGGUGGUUCACGCCCUUUGCAAAUUGGUAUGCCAAUCUAGCUGGCUACCGGAAGUAUGGCCUCAAGUACGACGACUUGUUGAUUGAGGAGCGUGAUGAUGUUCAACGGGCCAUUACUCGCCUGACUCCCCGUGAAACCUACGACCGCAACUUCCGUUUCAAGCGCGCAUCACAAGCCAGCGUUCUUCAUGCACCUCUUCCUAAGGAGCAGUGGGUGAAACCCGAGGAGGACGUGCGAUACUUACUCCCUCACGUUAUCGAAGUUGUGAAAGAGGAUACCGAGAGACAGAUGUGGGAUACCGUUGCUGUUGGGAGGAAGUAGACAUUUUUAGGGCGUCCAGCACUAGAAUAUAGACGACUUGCCCCUUGAAAUCGUGACCCAAGAGGAUGUCGACUUCCUCCAAGCAAACGCAUAGCCGAACAUGUUAACCUUCAACCACAGUUAUGAUCGAGAACAAACAAGUUAAUGAAAUAGAAUACAGUU